AUGGUUACGGGCAAAUCUCAAGGCGCCGAGGCGUUUCAAUCGCUACCUCCCACAACCACCCAACCUAGAUUUAUCGCCGCAUCGCCACCGUCGAAACGCGACUUGACUUCGUGGUGGAGACAGUUCAAGAGAAAUACCAGGAAAGAGGAGCCCAAAGGUACGUGUGUAUGCGUGGGGAGGGACAUUGUUUGGGGGGAGCCUGCAGGCCGAAGUUGCGACGGGCGAGGAUGCCUUACUUUGGCUAGUUUCAUACCUGAAGGUCGCAUUUGGUCUUGGCCCUCGACAAUAUCUUUCGUGAAGAUACCUGUCAUACAAAAACCGCAGGGUAUCUUCGGCGUCCCCCUCAAUAUUAGCAUCAAAUAUGCCAACGUCGCUAUUUCCCUGACGAACGACAAUGGCGAGAGCUUUAUCUACGGCUACGUGCCCAUUGUAGUCGCGAAAUGUGGGGUCUUCCUCAAGGAAAAAGCGACGGAUGUCGAAGGAAUUUUUCGACUCAACGGAUCCGCCAAGCGCAUCAAGGAUCUGCAGGAGAUCUUCGAUUCUCCCGAGAGAUAUGGAAAGGGCCUGGAUUGGACGGGCUAUACGGUACACGACGCUGCUAAUGUCCUCCGUCGGUAUCUGAACCAACUCCCCGAGCCGAUCGUCCCAUUAGAAUUCUACGAGCGCUUCCGCGAGCCCCUACGCAUUUAUCAGAAACAGGUGCAGGGCGGGGGGCCUACAAACGAAGGCGACAAGUUCGACCAUGCGAAAGCGGUCGCCGCAUACCAGCAGCUAAUUAGAGAACUGCCCCCGUUGAACAAACAACUACUCCUGUACAUUCUCGAUCUGUUGGCGGUCUUUGCUUCCAAGUCUGACCAGAAUCGGAUGACAUCGGCCAAUCUCUCUGCAAUCUUCCAGCCCGGACUGCUCUCCCACCCCCAGCACGAUAUGUCGCCGGAAGAAUACAAGCUGAGCCAGGAUGUGUUGAUAUUUUUGAUCGAAAACCAGGAUCACUUCCUGUUCGGCAUGAACGGGACCGCUGCAGACGAGGCGACUGUGAAGGAAGUGGAAGGGGGUAUGCUGCGCCCGACCUCCCAUUCCACAGUGCGGCGCUCCGUCUCAAGUGCUAGUGGUGGUGCAGAGAGUUUCCGGAAGUUUGGCAGUCUUCGCCGAAAUGUUUCGGUGUCUUCCAAGAACUCUCGCAAUUCGAACUCGAACAAUGCCAGCCCCGCGACCCCUACGUCCAUGAGCGGCGCGGGAGUCCACCGAAGCAACACUCUACCGUCCAAAAUGUCGCCAGCCAUUGCACAAGCCAGAUACGGGCGAGUGGCCGAAGCGCCUGGUGGGAACACGCCAGGACAAACUUCGACACAGCGCUCGCAGUCGCCUAGCCGAACACCACCUGGCCCCGAACAGAAACCCCAAUCCCAGAAACCCCAACCCGCGAAACCCCAGCCCCCGACCCAGGGCAGUGAAACUGCCACCACAGGUCUCGUGUAUGUUCACACAUCUACCCACGGUCCGAUUCCAAUUUCCAAUGCCACUGCCACCCACUCGCCCAUCGCCGAGAAGCCUUCUCAAGACACUCUGGCGGUGCCCUCUUCGCCUCCGCGCGCCGCUGUGACACCAACAAAGGAGCGGAAAUUAUCCAGUCUUUUCAGCAAGUCACCGCCUUCCGGCAGCGAGAAGGAGCCACGGCAGCCCAACCGGCUCAAGAAGAAACGAAUCCCAGGGAGCGCUAGUGCCAGUGCACAGAGUUCAUCCCAGUCCUUACAAGCCGCCACGUCGGACUCGGGAAUUGGCAUCCCACCGCCCCGGCCGUCUGAUCCUACCGAUGCUGGGGGGGACACCCCCAAACCCUUGAAUGCUCCUAAUCCAGAAGAUGAUUCCCAACAAGAUGGGAAACCGGAGAAGCCAGCGGGCCCGAAUGAGGCUGGACACCCAUCCGAUACCACUUUGAGGCCAUAUGGGUCACGCACUCCGUCAAUGAACUCGCGGUCAUCAUUCACCGAUCUAUCUGAUGCUGACCCCAUUGACGACGCCUCUCGCGCAGAGCGCAAGGAGCAUCGGCGGAGCUGGAGGUUUCCUCGGUCUGCAAAACGGAGUAAUGAGCAAAUUGGACUCGGACUAGGGUCCCCGCCGCUCUUGGCUUCUAACCCAGGAGCUGACCGCAGUACAAGCUCGUUUGGCAGCUGGCAUCACUCCAGCAAAAGCUCGCCGUCUGAUCUCCAGCAGUUUGCCAGCGAGCAUUCGUUUCAGCCGCUCAGCCUGGACGCUGAAGUGAACAACAAUGGUAAGGACUCGUCCGAGCCGGAGAAGCGCAGCUUGUUUGGAAAGUUCAAGGCCAAGGUUGCGCAGGUUCGGGACGGAGUCAUGGACACCGAAAGGGACCGGACAAGGAGUCCUCCCGUACAUUCAGACGCAGAGAAAUCUGUCUCAAGCCAGACGCUCUCUCCCGCCCCUAAGGAAAGCAGUCACGUGCGACCUGCUCCGCCGGCGCCAAUUGAUGUGACAAGAGAGCUCCAGGAAAUCAACAGCACGCCAGUGUCUCCUCUCCCUGGGUCAGGUAUGCCGCCAGCAAUCCCGGAAGAACCGCGCACCCCGGAUAGCCCUGCUGCGCCCGUCGAGCUGGAGGCGAAGAAGGAAAACGGGGUGGCGGAGACGCACCCUCCGGAGACGCGACCUGCAGAGACGGGAUCUGCAGCGACUCUGCCUACUUUCGAAUCCCACAAGGGAGACAUCGAGACCUCUCAGUUCCUUGGGAACUAG